AACAGAGAUGAUUCACGGGCUCGAGCCAGCAGAGUGUGAUGCGACUCUGAACUGAAAACUCUUGACAAUCAUUCAUGACAGCAGCAGUUCUGUGGCAGACCGCAAAAAUGAGCGCAAAAAUGGCACAUGGGUCUCGCAGGCGGAUGCAGGUGAAGAGUUGACUGCGAAAGACCAUCUAUUGCAUAAUCAGACGGAGCACAAAGGCAGGCUGCGAGGGCGCUUCGUUUUGAACUAUGGCGGCAACACAACAACACGUUCUUCUGACAUAAAUUGUGCAAAUCUUGGAGAACAGCAACGGUUUGUUUUGGAUGUGCGGAUAUAUAAAAACCAUCCAGCCACAAAACUUUGAAGUUUGCAUUGGCGCUGCCAGAGGUCGCAUUCAUUUUCAAGCUACUACCUGUACAGUGAGCUCUCAAUUAACCCUAAACUGACUGGCGUAUGUCAAGCUGAAGUGCGAGCUUUGGCUGUUUUUUGUGCAGGGGUUUCAAAAGCCGUUCAAAUGCUGGAAUGGAUUGGCACGGUUUGUUUUCUGAUUUUAAUGGCCAUACUCUGGCCAGUGGCGAAGUGUUUUGGGGCGGCGAGUCACUCCACGUUGCUGCUUCCGCGGCGCGACAGCAAAAGACCCGCGGAGAGAUGCGAUUCCAAACUGGAGGAACAAGGUGAAUCAGCCGCGGUCGCCCUCAUAUGCAAGCCCUCGGCGUUGGCGAACUACCUUCUUAAACACUGCAUGACUUUUUGCAAGUCUUUGUCGAUACCGUCGUGGAACUGGCGCGUGAGCUCGUCUUUACAGACAGUUUUCGGCGCUCUGUGGCCGGUGGAGUGUCCGGUGCAUUUUAUACGAGAUCAUCUGCAGCUGAGCGACGACGGACUGGUGGCGCUGGACUGGGCUGUCGUUGGUGCAGCGCAUCACAAGAGGCGCAGGACUUCCAGCAAUUCCACAAGUCCAGUUCUGCUCAUCAUUCCCAACUCUUUUGGGAGAAUCACCCGGAACGUUCUCAAGCUCUGUGAAGCAGCUCUGAGUCACGGUUACCUCCCCGUGAUCUUCAACCGCAGGAGCCAGAACGGGACGCCGCUCUCUACCAUCAGGCUGCAGCAGUUUGGCGACCCGACUGACCUCCGGGAAGCAGUGCGCUACAUACGGUACCGGCAGCCGGCGGGUCAGAUCUAUGCCGUGAGCGAGAGCACUGGUUCAGGACUCCUGCUGUCCUACUUGGGCGAGUGUGGCUCUUCUAGUUAUGUGACGGCUGCAGCCUGUCUGUCGCCUAUUUUCCGCUGCCAGAGCUGGUUUGAGAGUGGCCCAAGCUGGCCCUUCCACUGGGCUCUCCUGCUCUACCAAAAGAUCUGCCUCAGCAGGUAUAAAACUGUGCUCGGGGAGCUGGUCCACAUAGACAGCGUGUUCUCUAGCUGCUCUCUGAAGGAGAUGGAGGAGGCGCUGUUCUGCCAUUUUAGCUCAAAAGGGGUCCCAGUGGAGGGAACGGGGAGCUGGGAGGCAUAUUGGGAGCGGAAUGACCCUCUGAGGGACAUCGAUGAAGUUGCCAUUCCUGUGCUGUGCGUGUGCAGUCAGGAUGACCCCAUACGAGGGGAUCCGAGGACCACGUUGCCCUUAGAGCUUUUUGAGAACAACCCUCAUUUCUUCCUGCUUUUGACUGCCUGCGGAGGCCACUGUGGCUUCUCCACGUCAGACGAGGGUCCUGUCGUCUGGAGCCACCAGGCCUUGCUGGAGUUUUUUCGAGCCACGACCGAUUUCUUCGCCGCGGAGGAGCGGGCCAAACUAGCGGCCCGCAGGAGGGGUCUUAGUGGGGCUGGCAAGACUUUCCGCCAUCGCAGUGUCAGCACAUGCAAAAGACUGCCUGUGUGCUCGCAUAACAUACAUGCUAUUUACAACUGGCAGAGGUCCUACACCAGAUGAUGAUGAUGAUGAUGAUGUGCUCGGAUGGCCACCCCAUUUGUUUUGCAUAAUAAAGAGACUGAAAUAGCAAACAGCACUGCCAGAAAAAAAGAAAUUCAAAACCAUUGUCUGACCUGCUGUUCGUCACCGCCAAGAAAACCAGCAGUCCAGACAAUAUAUGUCAGUUUACAUUUAGAAGUGUUUCGACUUCUGGACCACCACUGUCAACAGACAGACAGCAACUGUGUUUGAGAAACUUUGAAAAUCAUAGCUAAAUUUGGGCAUUAGAAAAAGAUGAGGUUACUGAAUCAUGGUUUAAAUAUUUCAUAUUCAAUUGAAAAAACAAAAGUAAAACGUUUUAAUCAGUAUUUUUGUCAGGAUUUUGUACUGUAUAAGUCAUUUAUUAUCACACUGUAUGAAAUGUAUGGUUAAAACAAAAAAGUUUGUUUGUAAUGAACAGUUUGAAUGUAUGGGAAAAAAUUGAAAGAAAAUGUCAUUAUUAUUAUUAUUAUUAUUAUUAGAUAUAACCUAAUUUUAUUUUUAUUUAAUUUUUUUGGCUUUGUAAGAUUAAUGGUUCAAACAAACAAAAUUACCUUUUCUAGUGAGUGGGAAAUGUAAAAUAAAUAGAUUAAAUUCAUUGAUAAGCUUACCGAAUUUAGUUUUUUGGUUCAAUAAUUUGUGUAAAAUCUAUGGCUAAAACAACAACAAUAAUAAAAGAAAUCUCAAUUAGUAAUAUUUGAAACAGAUGUACAACAACUGUCUUUGAGAAACUUUGAAAAUCAUUGCUAAAUUUGAGCAUUAAAAAGAUGAGGUUACUGAAUCAUGGUUUAAAAACUUCAUAUUCAACUGAAAAAAACUAAAAUGUUUUAAUCUGUUUUUUUUUUUGUCAGGAUUUUGUACUUUAUAAGUCAUUUAUUGUCACACUGAAAGAAAUGUAUGGUUAAUUGUAUGGAUGUAUGGGAACAACCUAAAGAAAAUGUUGUUAUUAUUAUAUUUUUCUUAUUUUUAUUGUUGUUUAUUAUUAGAUAUAACCUAAUUAGAUUUUUUUCACUAAAACUUUGUUAUUUUCUUUUUUGAACCAUUCAUCAAAAACCUUCUUACCGAUUUUUCUUUUUUGGUUCAAUAAUUUGUAUAAAGUUUAUGGCUAAAACAACAACAAUAAUAAAAGGAAUCUAAAUUAGAAAUAUCUGGAAUCUAAAUUAAUUCAGUGAGGGAAUGUAUUCAUUUUAUUAUUAUUUUUCUGCCUCAAUAAAUUUAGUAAGUUUAAUGGUUAGAACAAGAAAACUAAUGAAAUCUGUAUUAGAUAUUUGGAUAUAUAUUAUCUCUAUUAUUAUUGUUGUUAUUAUUUUUGAAUUAUUUUUUAUUUUUCACUCACAACAUUGUGUAAGAUUUAUGGUUAAAACAACAAAAUAACAACUUUUUUUUUUAACUCCUUAAAAAGGGAAAGAAAAAGUAAAACAGAAAAUAAGCCUUAAAUCUUGAUGUUUUCUGGCACUUUUGAAUCUCACAAUUUUAGUUUAGGUUUUUUGAUAAAAAUACUGAUUGGAAACAUGUUUGCUUUAUUGAACUGCAGCUUAUAAGUUAGUCUUAAAGCUGUGUAAUCUUUUUUUAAGGGAUCGGUCCAAAUGUUUGUUCUGUACCUCAUGGAUAUACUUAAUUACUGUAGUUCAUUCCUAAAUUUGGAGAAUUAGUCUAAAUGGUGGCUUCUCCUUUUGGUACUUCGGAUAUAUCUUUACCCGUUUGGGUUAGUACAUUCCGUGCGCACGAUAAUGAAACGUGCCAUUCUGUCAUUUUCUCUGUUUUUCUGCAAGACUGCUGGUGUAUUUAGACAGGUCUCUGCUGUAGGAGACAGUCAGCACUGCUGGGGUUUCGUUUGACGUCAGUCUGAGGUUUCAGAGAAAACUGGCCUCACGUUGACAUUGGGUGGAGCUGCAGAUUUUCACAACUCCAGCACUGAUUUCCCCCCUCACUGUUUUCUCUCUUUUCUAUCUCCAUCUUAAAAACGUGUAACAUCUUCCUGGUGUCAAACCUCUCGUUUAUAUGUUAAAUUAUCUCUAAACGUUGGAGCUUUCAUUAAAGGUUUAAUUUGAACACA